CAGAAAAACACGAGUUGUCAAAAGUAAAAAACGUCAAAGACAUUCUAGAAACCGAACCGAACUGAAGAAAAAUAUUUAUAAUAUCCAGGAAUUGUUUUGCUCUUGCUUAUCAAAAUAUUAAUUGCUUUUAAAAAAAAGUUCUGUUUCCUGCCAGGUGUGAAUAUUAGUUUGAAAAAAGUCGCAAAACACUGAUUGCAUCAUGCUGUCUCGAAUGUGCGUGGCUCGGUCUGCCUUAAACAUCACGCAGACCCUUAAAACUCCUGUACCCCAAAGAUUUGUUCCCAAAAAUUACGUAAUAAGAAAUUAUGCUCGGGAACCGCGUUCUCGUAUGGCAACAAGAUCCCAGCCAACAGUAUGGGAGAAACUAAUGGCCCCAGCCGGACCAAACGCUUUCAGUUUGGGGAAAGGAGCAUUAGCUGGGGCAUCAGCUGUUGGCAUGAUAGCAUUAUGCUACUAUGGCUCAGGCGUUAAACCUGGCACGCUACAAGAGGCACAUCUUUGGCCUCAGUAUGUCAAGGAUCGCAUCAAGGCCACAUAUGGAUACAUUGCCGGUUCAUUGCUACUAACUGCUGGCAGUGCUAUCACAGUGUUUAGAACACCCGCCCUGCUUAAUAUGGUAGCGAGAAGUGGAUGGGUUUCUAUCAUCAUGACAAUGGGUUUGAUGAUUGGUUCUGGGAUGGUGGUACGAGGAAUGGAAUAUAAGCCAGGUUUUGGAGCUAAGCAAAUGGCUUGGAUGGUACACACUGGCAUCAUGGGAGCAUGUAUUGCGCCUAUAUGUUUCCUCGGCGGUCCUAUUCUGAUGCGCGCUGCUUGGUACACAGCUGGUGUGGUCGGGGGGUUGAGUACUUUGGCGGUGUGCGCACCAUCAGGGGAGUUUCUUAACAUGAGAGCUCCACUGGCAAUGGGUCUCGGAGCGGUGUUUGCUGCUUCGGUCGCUGGGAUGUUCCUACCACCAACAUCAGCAUUGGGAGCUGGCUUGUACUCUCUGAGUUUGUAUGGAGGUCUUAUUGUCUUUGGUGGAUUCCUUCUUUACGACACCCAGGCUAUAAUCAAGCGAGCUGAAAUGCAUCCAAUGUACGGAUUCCAACCCUAUGACCCAAUCAACUCCGCUAUCUCGGUGUAUUUGGAUGUAUUGAAUAUUUUCAUGCGUAUUGCCAUGAUCCUGGCUGGUCAAGGAGGAAACAAGAGAAAGUAGAUUUGUAUAACCUAGAAAUUAUGAAAUAGAAAAAAAAAAUAGCAAGGAGACAAAAUAAUUUCCCUGGCUUGUUUAAAUUAAAGUGUUUUAUUUGGACAUCUCAAAUCAGUAACUGAUGUGAUAUCGUAAUAUGUAAGGUCGAAGUAUUGUUAAGUAUGGGAUAAGUAGUUGUAUUUUUUUUGCAGAUUAAAUUCACAAAUAAAUAUUUAUUCGAAA